CACACACACUCACACUCACACUGCCGCCUUCCAGCUGCGAGGGGAAUGAUAUGGUGAAGCCAGAGAGCCGGGAGCACCAUGAGAACUCCACGGGAGAGGCCUCUCCUCGCGCUCUCUAUCCUCUGCCUCCUGUCUGAGGUGUAUGCUCAGCUCUGCCGGAUGCCAUGUACCUGUCCUUGGUUACCCCCACAUUGCCCUCCUGGGGCACCUCUGGUCCUGGAUGGUUGUGGCUGCUGCAGGGUGUGUGCUCGAAGGCUGGGGGAGCCCUGUGACCAACUAAAUAUCUGUGACCAGAGCCAGGGACUAGUUUGUAACUACAGUACCACCCUGGGAGACAGGAGAGGCACCUGUAACUUUCUAGAGGAUGAUGGCAGCUGUGAGGUGAAUGGGAGGAUCUAUCAAGAUGGGGAGAUCUUUCAGCCGAGUUGCAAGUUCCAAUGCCACUGCUCAGAUGGGGGCUUCACCUGCAUCCCCCUGUGUAGUGAGGAUGUGCGGCUGCCCACCUGGGACUGUCCCUACCCUAAACGAGUUGAUGUUCCUGGGAAGUGCUGCCAAGAAUGGGUCUGUGACCAGGGAGUCCAACCCAUCCCAGCAGCAGGUAAUGUACCAAACCCAGGGUCAGUCAAGUCUGACUCAGUACCUUCUAGUCUCCAUGUUCCACUUCAGUGCCACAUUCCUUCCCCUCUGUUCUCUGCUGUUCCCAAACUUUCCCAUUAUCUUAGCUCACACAGAAAGGUGUGGAGCAGUGACCACAAUGCUCCCUUUCUUUUGUUUUGUGGUAGUUUCCACUGUGAUUUUGUUAAACACCUAGAGUGUAUAAAGUUUAGUUGCUGGGAAAGAUAAAAAGUUUAGAUGAUGAUUACGAUGCUAAUAACAACAAUAGUAAGAAUUCUUAGCACAGCAAGGUUUACAAAGUACUUCCCUCACAGCAGUCUGUGAUAUGAAGUUGAGAAUGUAAGUGUGAUUUCCUCCAGUUUACCAAUUACCUCCAUGAUACCAAGACCAAGAAUGAUCAAGUGAUUUAUAUAAUUGUUAGGAUUUAGAAAAGGAACUUAGAAGUCAUUCAAUUCUAUUCCUUUCCAUCCAACCCUAAACAUUAUUCCAUUGCCUAGUAUGUGCCAGUUAAUGUGCUAGAUAGAUAUUGACAAAAGUAAAAAAAAAAAAAAAAACAACAAAAAACCAAACAAAACAAACAAAAAAAAACUCUUACCUAUAGGAUGGAGGAGUAAGGGAAAGGAAAAGAAAGAAAAAGAGAAGGUUCAGGGAAAGUUUUCAUGAGGAAGUGGCAUUUAGAUUGGAUCGUCAAUAUUUCAAUAAAUAGAAGGGCAAGGGGGACACUUCAGGCACAGGGAAGAUCAGUAAAGACCAUAGAUUUUUAGUUGGAAGAGACUUUAGAGGUCAAGUUCAAAUCCCUCAUUUUACAGAUAAGGAAAUUGAGGCUAGAAAGGUGAUGUAUCUUGUGUAGGUUCAUAUAAUUAAUAAAUAUUUGAAGUGAGAUUUGAACUCAAGUUGACCAAACUAUUAGUCUAUCUACUAUAGGAAUGUAGAAUUGGGAAAGAGUGAGUUAUGUAUGGAGGGGAUAGUAAAUAAUCUAAUAUGAUUGGAGCACAGAUUCUGGAGAAGGAUGUGAAAAUAAAUUUGAAAAGGCAGGAUGGAGGCUGAUUUGCAAAGGCCUUGAAUGUUAGAUUAAGUCAAACUGAGACCUGAGAAAGAUCUUAACUUAAAAAGGUCAAGGUCUCCUACUGCAUCUAGGACUAUUUGUUCUGAUCUAUAUCUUGCCACUAAAUCCAGAUAACUCUGGAGAACAAAGUGAGGCUGAUAACCUUGCAUAGCCUUCCCUCACCUAAAUCCAAUUUACUAGUAGAUUAUGGCAUCCCCUUUCUGAUAUCAUGGCUUUCUUUGAGAAGGAAGGACAAACAACAACAAGGAGAAGUUUAAAUUUUAUUUAGUGUGCAAUAGGAAGCCAGUAAAAGUUUCUGAGCAGAGGAGUAAUAGACAGAAUAGCUAUGCAUAAGGAAGAUAUUUAGUACUAUAUGAAAGAAAGAUUGGAGGGGGGGGUGACUAGAGGUAGAAAAUCUUAGUCUGAAACCAUUAUAAAGUUCAAGUAAAAGAUGAUUCCAUGGAGGUAAAGGAGAGGCAAAAGGCAAGAAAGCAGAGACUGGAUGAACUAGUGUAACUCUAUGUUCACUAACUCCUGCAAUCUUAAACUCUUCUAAAAUCCUCGCCACAUCCCUGAACAGAGAGGGACAGGGAAAGUCUGGUCAUAGAGCUGGGACUAAGCAUUUGAGCUUGAUCAGGUAUAAAAAUUUCCCCAUGUGUGAACCUGGUACCUGGAGGCUUUGAGCUUUUGACUAACAUGGAACAACACAAACAAUUUGACUUAUUCCAAAAUCAGUCCCUACAGCCCACGGAGAUGGAGAUUUUUCUGGUAUUAUAGAUAUUAAUGCAUCUCUCAUUGUGCUGUGUGGGGUGCCUACUCCUAGCUGGCUGCCUAUUAUCUCGUUCUGGUUCUUGCUGUCAAAAGUUGAGUUUCUAAGAAAUUGCUGAUGCAAUGUCUCAUGCUUCCUUCCUGGUCAGUGCCCCGGUUCCUGGGACCUCCAGCACCACUGUCCCCUCAAUUUGUCUGCCAGGAAUGGAGCACAUUGUGGGGCCCUUGUUCAGCUACCUGUG